AUGUUCCAGUCAUUCACGGGAAACUCCCGCCGUCCCCGGCAAGUUAAUCUCGGAGGGCGCAAUACAAACCCUUUCGCCGCAUUUCCCUCCGGACGACAAAACCCCCAUGGUUCGGGCCCGCAGAAUACACUCGCCAUCGCGCAGCAGGAGCGGAUUUUGAGACAGCAGGAGAGAGAGCGCCUAAGCGCGAGUCGAGUUGUACAGCGGACAUGGCGGGGUUAUCGGAGCAGGAAGAUAACACGGGGGGUGUGGCGAGCAGAAUGGGAUGCCACUGAGACGCAGAGGGUGAAUGCGGACCUCUCCUUUGACGAGCUGGCGAAGCGUUCGGAUAGUGGCACGCCUAUCCCGUGUGCGUAUGGAACGGCUGCCGAAUGCUGGUCACAACUACGACUAUUGACUCAGUUCCUGGAGCCGCGGAAUAGCGGGGAUGUAGUCCGUCUUGUGCUCUUCUCGGCGGCUUUUCAGAAAACAUGGCAUGAGGUGCCGACAAUUGCCACCGAGGGAGAAUGGAUGACACCGCUGAAGCGACUUGCUCGCCUGACUCUUCGCGUGCUCUAUUCAGCUACAUCAUCAACAGUGCCAGCAUUUGCCAUACAUCCUCUGCUAAAACUUCUGACAUUCUUAACCGGUUUAAUACCUAAAGAGAUGGCACGGUUUGCUGGGGAAUAUUACGCUGUCAUGACGCAUCUCACGAAGAACAUAGAGGUUCUGUCCGAUAGGUGCAACUUAUCGUCCGCCGAUCUUGUUCAAAGCGUGCUUGCCUUGCUCCAACCGAUUACAUCGGAGACUUUGACUGCGUACGAGUGGUUUGCCAGAAGCUAUCUUACGACCCCUGACCUCCCGACGUAUCUGGUAUCGCUCGACGGCUUGGCGAACAAUAUUAACUAUAAAUUGCUGACGUCGGUUUUGGGACCUUUGCAGUCGCUACUCAGAGAGCGUUCUCCGAGUUCUGAGGAUAUAGAGUGUCGCCUUUGGUUACUUGCUUAUUUCAUUUUCUUUCAUCGGUUCGCCCUGGGAAGUCAUGCCACUCUCCAGGCGCCAGAGCCCGGCUUUGUCAAGGUAGUUUCGGAAUUGUUGAAUUCCGCAGCAGUGCAUAUUUCGCGACGCUUGGACUUUGACGAUAUUUCCGAUCUCGACGAUUCGCCUCAGAGAACCCCAUUACCCCCUUUUAUCAAGGAGCAGCUUGUCAGUCUUGUUAACCAAACUAGCAUUACCGGCCUUCUCUCGCAGCUUCAAUCUACACAUCUGUCGCAGGGUGACCUGGCAGAUGAACAGUCGGACGCGUCGCGAGGGGCUAAGGUUCUUGCCACUUACGCACUGACUCUCCUAAGAGUAUUUCCUCGACGAGGAGACGACAUCCGUAUGUGGCUAUACCUGGGAUCAGCCAGUGCAAGUGACCAAGUGGCAGCUCAUCCAGGCUCCAGAAUACCGGCGAUCAAGUACUUUUGGCAUGCGUCUAGAUCCAGCAGGAUAUUCAGAGUAAUCAGCCACGACUCGACAAAGGUCUUAUCUUUGUUGAAACCGGCCGAGGACAUAAAAGGCUCCAGCGCGUCAACCAUAUCUCAGAGCGCGAGGGACGAAGAGUGGACUAUUAUUCUCCUUUUUUUAGAGCUGUAUACCUUUGUCUUGAAAGUGAUGGACGAUGAAGAGUUCUUUUCGAGCGAGUCGUCGUUUACCGCAUCUUCGAACACACGAGUGUCUUGGACCAAGGAGAGUGCAUUGCCACUAGCUGAUGUCAAAGACAUGACAGUCUUCCUCAAGAACCUUGCGUUCACUUUGUACUGGAAUUCGGCGGAUUUGAACGAGAGUGAGCCAGCUCAGGACACGGGAGGCAUCCGCAGCUACUUCAAUUCUUUGCUUCCCCCUUCGGAUUCUAUCACCAGUGUCAGGGAUCUGGAGAUGAAGAAUAAGGAGAAAGGUCUAGCGGGGGUGACUGGAAUUCCUCUCGAUUAUUUCAAGGGCCUUGUUACAGGCCUUCUGAGAAUGAUCCACGAGCGUGAUUCGAGACGCAAGUUUCUUCCCGAUGGACAUUGGCUGAUGACAAACCGCUUCGACAUGGAAGGCUUCAUACCUGCCGUUGUUGCAGAAGAAGAAAACAGGCAUCAGCUCCAGAAUGACGAGGAUGACGAGGAGCAGGACGUUUUGAUGGACGAUCCUUACAACGAACCUUACUCAGGGCUGAUCGGUACCGGCCGCGCCCAGCAGACUCGCCAAAUCGAAACCCUGAGACGGCGCCAGCUUCAGGCUGCGCGGAGGAAACAGCUCGAGGCAGUAGCCCCUAGACUGGAGAUUCUGAGAAACAUGCCUUUCUUUAUCCCUUUUACGACCAGAGUCCAAGUAUUUCGUGAGUUUAUCCUUAGAGACCAAAUGCGCAGGCGACGGGGGUUCGUUGACCCGGACACCUGGCGCCUGUCUGUAGCUCAAGCGUCGAUGGGGCGUAUGAUCGACGGGCUUCCUGCAGUGCACGAUAUCUUGAGCCGGCAUCAUGCAAAUAUUCGCCGCGAGAGCGUGUUUGAAGACGCCUUCGAGCAGUUUUAUGAGCUAGGCGAGGGCCUGAAGGAGCCGAUCCAGAUUACCUUUAUUGACAAAUUCAACACAGCGGAAGCGGGCAUCGACGGCGGUGGGGUGACAAAGGAAUUCCUCACGAGCGUUACCAACGAGGCGUUCAAGUCCACAAGCGAGCUAACCUUGUUUGAAGAGAACGACCAGCACCUGCUCUAUCCCAACCCAGCUGCUGUUGAGCAACGGAGGGAGCUCUUGCGGCGGGCCGGACUUGUUGAAAACAGUGCAAAAUGGAAUGAUCAGGUCCGCGAUUUACUUCGACGGUAUGAGUUUCUCGGACGGGUCAUUGGAAAGUGUAUGUACGAGGGGAUAUUAGUAGAUGUGAAUUUCGCUCCGUUCUUCCUGUUGAAAUGGGCCUUAACCGGUGGCACGGGCUCGGCACAAAGGGAAACGGCAUACCGCGCAAAUCUUAACGACCUCAAGGAUCUUGACCAGGGACUCUACCAGGGAUUGUUACAAUUGAAAAACUACCCAGGAGAGGUGGAGGACUUCGCUUUGAAUUUUACGGUCAGCGAUACCAUUCCUCUACCCGACUCGACCAGUCGCACGAUCACGCGAGAUUUGAAGACUCAUGGAUCCGAGAUCCCCGUGACGAACCAAAACCGACUGGUGUACAUUUCCUACAUUGCGCGGUACCGCCUGCAGGUGCAGCCAGCUCUACAAACCAAUGCCUUCCUCCAAGGACUGGGACAAGUCAUCCAACCAUCGUGGCUGUCCAUGUUCAACCAGUCGGAGCUGCAGACUCUGGUGAGCGGUGAAUCGGGAGACAUUGACGUGGCGGACCUGCGACGCAACACACUUUAUGGAGGUGUGUACACGAUCGGCGACGAUAAGGAAGAACACCCGACUGUGCAGCUGUUCUGGGAAGUCAUGGAGCAGAUGACGAACGAGGAGCGGCAAAAGGUAUUGCGGUUUGUGACAUCGACCCCCCGAGCGCCGCUGCUGGGAUUUGGUCAUCUCCAUCCCCGGUUUAGCAUCCGGGACUCCAGUGAGGACCAGGAACGACUCCCCAGCACCAGUACUUGCGUGAAUCUACUGAAACUGCCCCGCUACACGAGCGCCACCAUGCUGCGAGAGAAACUCCUCUAUGCCGUUAAUUCUGGAGCGGGAUUUGAUCUAAGCUGA